AUGACAGAUCAAGAUAUUAUUAAUCUUCGUUCAGCUGACCCGUUCGCCGAUGUGACCGGGAAUAGUGCAUUGGAUACUGGAGUUGGUGGUGUUGCAAGUGGUCAACGUAGCUCCAAUAUAAUACACAUUCGUAUUCAACAACGUAGUGGAAAAAAAACUCUCACUACUGUUCAAGGUAUUGGUGAAGAAUUUGAUAAAAAACGUCUUUUAAGUACAUUCAAAAAGAAAUUUGCAUGUAAUGGUACUGUUGUUGAACAUAAAGAAUAUGGCGAAGUAAUUCAACUUCAAGGUGAUCAAAGAACCCAUGUGAGUCAAUUUCUUCAAGACAUUGGACUUUGUCAAGCUGAGCAAAUAAAAGUUCACGGUUUUUGA